AGUUGGGUCGAUUUUACGUCAACAGAUUUCGGCGGUCUGACGUCUGUCAGCUGACGGAAAAGGAACGUGGUAUUGCAAAAAUGUCGUUCGGUGAGAAAUUAACGUCGAUCAUGCAGAGACCCGGGGAAGACCCCGUCGCUAAGGACGACGUACCCUGGUGGUUGAAGUACGCGGGUCGGGGCCUUGGGACAGUGGGAAGUGGCAUUGCAAUAUUUUUAGGAGUGUGGAAUUGUGCAUCGAUUUUAUUGGGGAAUAUUUCUUGUUUACUAGGCGGAAUCUGGCAAAUGCUUGCCGGAUUCGCCGUGUUUGCCAUCGAGGCCCCUUGUUGUUGCUUAUUCAUAGAUUUUGUACAAAAUUUGAGCGAUUGGGUAGAUAAACGACCAUACUGGAAUAGAGCUGCCUUUUAUUGCGCGAUAGCAAUUCCGCCACUUCUCUUCUGCUUUGGCAUGGGAACCCUUUUUGGCUGCGGCCUAAUUUUUGGAACAGGAGUACUUUAUGGAAUGAUGGCCGUUGGUAGAAAGGCACCCUUCCAUGACAUGAGAACAGCCGCAGCAACAGUAGCAACCCCUCAAACGUCGGCAUCGACGAGUACGAAGUCCAACCUUGUUCAAAAUGCUCAGCCAAUGAGUUUCAGUGCUCCUCCAGUAGAUAGUAUUGUCUGACCCUUAGGAACAAAAUGGCGUUUAAUUUCACGCCUCUGAAUAUUAGUGAGUGAAGGAAGUCGUUUGAUCAUUGUUCACUGAUAAUCACCGAUCACAGUGGCCAAGCGCAUGAAUAUUUUAUGGUUGAACUCGGAUUAGAGUCGAGGGAAUUCACUCGAGAUUUCUCAGAGCACUUUCCCUGGAUCAGUCCCCAUCGAAAUGCUCAAGUUCUAGUCUUGAAUUCAACCUAGACUCUCUCGGAACGUGUGUUUCGAGUCAUGAAAAAGCUCCUGAUCGGAGCUGUGCUCAUAAGUUUCGUUGUCACUCAAUUACUAAAAAAAGAAGAAGAAAAUAAAUAAAUUCAAAGGAAUCGUCUUCAAAUUUCGGAGGAUAAGAGGAGGAAAGGAAACCAGCUUUGAAAUACCCCUGGCCUAAAUUAUAUUGGGCGUAUUAUUAAUUUUGUCUGUAUCUUUCCGAGUUCUCUCUGCCGAGUGAAGAUUUCUUCGCCCAACUCGACUUCUUCCCACAAGUGUCUUCUAUCUUUUUAAUCGUCGUUUUAGACUCAUUUUUUUAUACUCACAAAGAUUAGGUUAAAAGAGUUUGUGAAUAGAUUUCCCUUUUCUUAUUUCUUUCAAUCUGACUUCCAUAUAUAUGAGGCUUGCAACAUUUUCACUCGAGCAGGGAAACUGCAAAUAGAGGCUCCUUAGUAGAAUCAGACCUGCCAUUAUAACUUUCCCGUUUUUCCUUCCAAAUUGGCAUUUUAGAGAUUCAAAUUUAAAAAAUUAAAUUCAGAAUAAAUUAAAUUGUAAAUUCCUCAAUUCAAGUUCAUGUGCAUUGAGAUGUCGAGUUGAAAAUUGGGGAAAUUAUGUAUAAGGCAGUCAGGAAUGUUUGUAUGAUUCUAGAUUUUUGGAAAUGAAACAGAAAAUAACUAUUUUUUAUGUAAUACUAAAAAUGUAGGACCAUCCAAAAGUUCCUCAAUAGUUUUUAUUGAAUUUCCUAAAUUGUCAGCUCGAUGAUUGUCAAACAUUCAAAUUUUAGUAUGGAAUUUUUGAAAUUAAAAAAUCCAGAAUCUAGCGUUCAAAUUUGGACAGCGCAUUUUUAAAUGUUUCCAUUCGAAUUAAAGAAUAAAAAAUAAAAAAAAAAGGCAAUCG